GUAUUUCCCACACCGUGUCAUUGCUGCCCCUGUAGAUGUGCGGUUGGAGCCCGGUCCUUCGGCCCGUCCAGCCGGUGCUGACCGUCAUGCCGCGCAGGAUGCUGUCACCCUGAUCUUGCCCUUGCGUCCGUGACCAGGGAGCGGCCAGCCGUGGUGAAGCGUGUUCUUGGCGUGUGAGACAACACAUGUGAAGCGUGUUUCUGGCAUGUGAGACAACACAUGUGGUGAAGCGUGUUCCUGGCGUGUGUGGCAACACAUGUGGUGAAGCGUGUUCCUGGCGUGUGCGGCAACACGUGGUGAAGCGUGUUUCUGGCGUGUGCGGCAACACCUGUGGUGAAGCGUGUUCCUGGCGUGUGAGAUAACACAUGUGGUGAAGCGUGUUCCUGGCGUGUGAGACAACACCUGUGGUGAAGCGUGUUCCUGGCGUGUGAGAUAACACAUGUGGUGAAGCGUGUUCCUGGCAUAUGAGACAACACCUGUGCUGAAGCGUGUUCCUGGCGUGUGCGGCAGCCCGGUGGUCAUGUGUGUGCCCGGAUGAGGGAGUGCGGUGACGAUGGCAGAGUUCAGCACCGGCUACCAGCGGCUACCGGCCUCCUACACCGACACACCGCCCGGGGAACAUGACCUGCUGGUUCAUGUGGCCGACGGCAGCAAGUCUCCCUGGCACCACAUUGAAAACCUGGACUUGUUCUUCACCAGAAUCUACCAGCUGCACCAGAAGCGGGGCUUUCUCUGCAUGUUGCUGAGCGAGAUGUUUGAGUUGGUGCAGCUAGUGUUUGUCGUCACCUUCACCACGUUCCUCUUCAACUGCGUUGAUUACGACAUCCUGUUUGCCAACAAGGUGCCGGGCGGCGUGGAGCCGGGGCAGCAGGUGGUCAAGGUCACCCUGCCCGAUGCCCUCCUGCCCACACACACCUGUACAGCCAGGAUCAGGGACAGCCCGCUGAUGGUGACGGUUCUGCUCACGGCCGCCGUGUUCUGGCUCCACCGGCUCAUCAAGUUCAUCUACAACGUGUGCUGCUACUGGGAGAUCCGAGCAUUCUACCGCAACGCCCUGAACAUCAGCCAGGCGGAGCUGCCCUACCGCAGUUGGCAGGAGGUGCAGGCGCGCAUGCUGCAGGUGCAGCGGGAGCAGCUGAUGUGCAUCCACAAGCGUGAGCUGACAGAGCUGGACAUUUCUCACCGGAUCCUGCGUUUCACCAAUUACAUGGUGGCCAUGUUGAACAAGUCGCUGCUGCCAGUGCGCUUCCAGCUGCCGCUGCUGGGGGAGGUGGUAUUCCUGAGCCGUGGUCUUCGUUACAACUACGAGCUGAUCUUCCUGUGGGGCCCUGGCUCUCUCUUCCUCAACCAGUGGAGCCUGAAGGCGGAGUACAAGCGGGCAGCCGGGCGGCACCAGCUGGCACAGAAGCUGCGGCAACGUAUUCUGUGGGUGGGACUGGCCAACCUGCUGCUCUGCCCGCUGGUGUUGGUCUGGCAGAUCCUCUACGCAUUCUUCAGCUACGGCGAGGUGUUGAAACGGCAGCCGGGCAGCCUGGGGCUACGCUGCUGGUCACUGUACGGCCGCUCCUACCUGCGGCACUUCAACGAGCUUGACCACCAGCUGCAGGCCCGGCUCAGCCAGGGUUACAAGCCCGCCACCAAGUACAUGGACGGCUUCCCCUCGCCACUGGCCGCAGUCAUCGCCCGCAACCUUGCAUUCUUCGCCGGCUCCAUCCUGGCCGUGCUCAUCGCCCUCACCGUGUACGACGAGGACGUCCUGGCUGUGGAACACGUGCUGACCGCAGGGACCCUGCUGGGACUGGCCGUCACCGUCUGCAGGUGCUUCAUCCCGGACCAGCACGUGUGGCGGUGUCCGGAGCAACUGCUGCAGCUGGUGUUGACCCACGUCCACUACAUGCCUGACCACUGGCAGGGCAAUGCCCACCGCUACGAGACACGUGACCAGUUCGCUCAGCUCUUCCAGUACAAGGCCGUGAGUAACCGCCACAUGCGUGAGUUGCUGAGCCCCCUCCUCACGCCGCUGGUUCUCAUCUUCUGUCUGCUGCGCCGCCGCUCGCUGGAGAUCAUUGACUUUUUUUCCGCAAACUUCACGGUGGAGGUGGUUGGCGUCGGCGACACCUGCUCCUUCGCCCAGAAUGGACGUCCGUCCGGCACGGGCACCCCCGCCUGGCCCCCCACGGGGGUAUCCCAAGCCUCGGCCUACCAGCAGGCGGAGGGGGGCAAGACGGAGCUGUCUCUGGUGCAGUUUGCCCUCAGUAACCCUCACUGGCUGCCCCCCCCUCACAGCUCACAGCUCAUCCAUCAGCUAAUGGACAGGGUGGCUCACGCCCAGCCCGGGGGGGGCACUCGCACAGCCCCACAGCCUGGUGGUCAGUCCUCUGGCCGCCCCCGACACGGACACCGAGAUGGAGCCGGCGGCCUCACUCCGCUCCUUCACCCUCCACGGACACGGCCAGAGUCCGCAGACCCACGGCCGCAGCCAGGACCAGGGUCAGGGUCAGGGCCAGGGCCAGGCUACAGUGCCUCCCCAGGGGGUGGGGGUCGGUCGUUGAGUUCAGGGAGCAGCGUGUGGGAGGGGCAACUGCUCAGUGGCCUGGUCUUGGGGACCCCCCCCACCCACGUCAGCCUGCACGCCCUGUACAUGCACGAGCUCCACCACCAGCAGGUCCAGGCAGCACCGUCUCGUCACGUGUGGUAUCGCCACGGCAGUGACAGCAGUGAGGGGAGUGAGGGGGGGGCAGACGUGGCCCCCCCCUCCCCACUGUCCUCCCCACUGACGGGCAGCAGCGGGACUGACCCCCUGGAGCCGACCAGACCCCACUGCCCCCCAGGGGGUACGGGGGCAUCACAGGUUGUAGCUCGGAGCCGGGACCUGGAGACUGGAGAUGAGGGGAGUCCAGUGACCCCUGGCCCCAGGGACACAUGA